UGCUAGAGUGUAUAAACACCUGACUCAGCAGCUGCUAGGUCCAGUAUAAGUAGCAUCCUGUCCGGACAUCCAGUUCAAGAGCUCAUCAUCAUCCAACGUACCACGCAUUAGAGAGAGCUUGCCUUGCUCAUCAUCACCAUCCAGCUGGAGCAACGUGAGCUCUCCCCGCGCGCGGCUAGCUAGCCUUGCUCCGAGUCAAAGCUCCGGCUGAUCCAUCGAUCGAUCGAUCGAUCUCCGUCGACCAGAGAGAGGUUGCAAGAAGAGGACCGGAGAGGUAGCGAAGAUGCACGGCGGGGGAGUAGUACUCCCGGUGAACGGCGGCGGCGGGCCGGGCGCCGGCUACAGCAGCGAGAUCACCUUCACGGUGGUGAUGAGCUGCCUCAUGGCGGCCUCCGGCGGGCUCAUCUUCGGCUACGACAUCAGUAUCACAGGUGGCCUGACGCAGAUGCACUCGUUCCUGGAGGCCUUCUUCCCGGACAUCAUCGAGAAGAUGAACAACGCGACGCAGGACGAGUACUGCAUCUUCAACAGCCAGGUGCUCACCACCUUCGUCUCCUCGCUCUACCUGGCAGGCAUGCUGGCCUGCCUGGUCGCCGGCCACAUCACCAAGAGGAUCGGGCGGCGCAACUCCAUGCUCAUCGGCGCCUCGUUCUUCUUCGUGGGCGCCGUCCUCAACUGCGCCGCCGUCAACAUCGCCAUGCUGGUCGUCGGCCGCGUCCUCCUCGGCUUCGCCGUCGGGUUCACCAACCAGUCCGCGCCGGUGUACCUGGCGGAGAUCGCGCCGGCGCGGUGGCGCGGCGCCUUCACCAGCAUCUUCCACUUCUUCCUCAACAUCGGCAUGUUCGUCGCCGACCUCGUCAACUACCGCGCCAACACCAUCCCGGUGUGGGGCUGGCGCCUGUCCCUCGGCGUCGGCAUCGUCCCGGCCAUCGUCAUCCUGCUCGGCGCGGCGUUCAUCCCGGACUCGCCCAACAGCCUGGUGCUCCGCGGGAAGGUGGACGCCGCCCGCGCCUCGCUGCGGCGCAUCCGCGGCGAGUCCGCCGACGUGGACGUGGAGCUCAAGGACAUCAUGCAGGCGGCGGAGGAGGACCGGCGGUACGAGUCCGGCGCGUUCCGGCAGAUCGUCCGCCGCGAGUACCGGCCCCACCUCGUGAUGGCCAUCGCCAUCCCGGUGUUCUUCGAGCUGACGGGCAUGAUCGUGGUGACCCUCUUCACGCCGCUCCUCUUCUACACCAUCGGGUUCACGAGCCAGAAGGCCAUCCUGGGAUCCAUCAUCACCGACGUGGUCAGCCUGGCGUCCAUUGCCGUCGCCGCCAUGGCCGUGGACCGGGUGGGCCGGCGGUCGCUCUUCAUGGUGGGCGGUGGGAUCCUGCUGGUGUGCCUGGUGGGCAUGUCGUGGAUCUUCGGCGCGGAGCUGGGCGCCGACGGCGGGAAGGCGAUGCCGCGGCCGUACGCGGUGGCGGUGGUGGCUCUGGUUUGCCUGUUCACGGCGGGGUUCGGGGUGUCGUGGGGCCCGCUCAAGUGGAUCAUCCCCAGCGAGAUCUACCCGCUGGAGGUGAGGUCGGCGGGGCAGGGGAUGAGCGAGGCCAUCUCGCUCGCGCUCACCUUCGCGCAGACGCAGUCCUUCCUCAACAUGCUCUGCAGCUUCAAGUACGGAACCUUCGCGUACAACGCCGGCUGGGUCGUGGUCAUGACGGCCUUCAUCUUCUUCUUCCUGCCGGAGACCAAGGGCGUGCCCAUCGAGGCCCUCCGCGAGGUGUGGGCGCGCCACUGGUAUUGGAAGCGCUUCGUCAAGCCGCUGCCCGCCGCGGCGCCGGAGACGCCGUCAGCAGCGCCCAAGGUGGCGGAUGGGCCGGUUUAGGUUUCGCUUAUAAUCUCUUAACGCGUUGGUUGGUGGUACUGGGUGGGCCGGUCCGUGCGUCAAUCGGCGGAAAGUGGCCAUGCUCAAAAGCGAGACAACAAGGCCCCUCGAACAUUCCGGGCCAAGAAUCCGUAGC